UGCUAAACACGGGUCUUUUAGGUUUUAUGUGAAUCUUGGCUGACUACAGAGUGAAAGUUAUGUCUUCCGCUGGUCUCCAGAUUCUGGGCAUCUUCCUGGCUAUUAUUGGUUGGCUUGGGGACAUUGUCGUCUGCGUGCUCCCCAUGUGGAAGGUGAUGGCUUUCGUAGGCAACAACAUCGUGACUGCACAGACCUUCUGGGAAGGCCUGUGGAUGAACUGCGUACAGCAGAGCACGGGCCAGAUGCAGUGUAAGGUCUACGACUCCAUGUUAGCUCUCCCUCAGGACCUCCAGGCUGCCAGAGCUCUGGUGAUCAUCUCCAUCCUCGUGGGCUUGAUCGGCAUCCUACUCUCCGUGGCAGGCGGGAAGUGCACCAACUGCAUCGAGGACGAGGAGGCCAAGUCCAAGGUGGCCAUCGCAUCCAGCGUGUUUUUCCUAGUCGCUGGCGUCCUCUGCCUGAUCCCAGUGUCCUGGUCUGCCAACACUGUUAUCAGGGACUUCUACAACCCACUGCUCACUGACGCGCAGAGGAGAGAGCUGGGAGCUUCACUGUUCAUCGGCUGGGCCUCUGCUGGCCUGAUGCUCAUCGGGGGUGUCCUUCUCUGCUGCCAGUGCCCCCUGCGCGAAGAGCGGGGGUACUCUGCCAAAUAUUCCGCCCCCAAUGGAGGGGCCUACGUCUGACAAAAUGAACACUUGUUUUACAUGGCUGCGUUUGGUGCAGUACAAAUGAUUCAAGUUCUUCGAUUCACUUCAGUGGACCUGGACAUUUGUCAAAAGGCAAUUGUAACCCACUUUUUUAUAUAGUGUUUUAUUUUAACUGCUUUAAUAAAUAUUUUAAUGUUCUUGAA